AUGACGGUUUCUUCGGUUCGCUACAGUGCUUUGAAACAAGAGGAACCAGGCACCUCUGAAUCGGUGGAGAUGCAAUUUGGCACCGAUCCCGAUUAUUUCAAAUCAGCUUUCACUUAUGCCAAUUACAAUGAUCUUGAUAGGAUGGGAUAUCAAGCACCGCCUAGAUACGGCCGUUGGACAGGCCGGAGUGCCGGCCGAUUCACGUGGAAAAUCCGCGAGACUUGGGAUGAAGAGGAUGAACAAGUUGAGCAACGGCCAUUGUCACCGAUAGAAAUGAUCCUAGUGGCUCUGGCUUUUAUUUUGACGAUAGCAACACUGCCAUUCUCGUUGAUUUUCACGUUAAAGUUGGUCGGCUCAACCGAAAAGUUGGUUGUGCUGCGCUUGGGGCGAGCGCUGAAACCCCGAGGUCCAGGACCGUCUUUCGUUUUGCCUUGUGUCGAUUCAGUUCAUCAAAUUGACACGAGAUUGGCCGCAUUCUCGGUCCCACCAUUGAAGGUGAUUACCCACGAUCGUGGAUUGCUUGAACUAGGCGCUACGGUCUAUUUGAGAGUUCGAGAUGUUAUAGCGUCUGUUUGUGAAAUCCAGGAUCGAGAUUCGUCGACGAGAACGCUCGCCUCGACAUUGCUCUAUCGACACGUUCAGAAAAAACGAGUUUGUGACAUGAGCCACGCCCAUCAAAAGAGAGAACUCGCUGCAACGGUAAAAGAUGAAUUGUCUGCUUUCACACAACAAUUCGGCGUCGAGAUCACAGAGGUUGAACUGUCUGAGAUAAAGGUUUUAAAAGUUGGAGAGAAUAUGGGAAUGGCAGCACUUUCUGCAGUAGCAAAAUCUGAAGUAGGUCAACAAAUUUGGAGCGUCAUUGGUCCCACAUUGGAAGAAAUAGCCAAAGAGACACGAGAUCAGCCAGAGCCAGAAGAAUACACAUCUAUUUCUCUCAUUGAUGUCGGCGAUAUCAAUGAAACGGAGAGACCCAUUGCUACCGAGAAACCCAUUGCUACCGAAAAACCCACUGCACCAGCCGUUGAUCUAAAUCAUUUAAUCACAAUCAUCAAUAUGGGUAUUGAUGAUUCCCUGACAAACACCAUCGGCAAAGUUUAUCAAAUUUAUUGCAAAGGAUAUGAUCCGUUUUACAUUGAUCUCAAACAUGGAAGUGGAAAAGCCGAGAAAGGGAAAUGCCACAAUCCAGAUGUUGUUUUACAUGUCGAAAGCUCGGCGUUGACCGGACUUUUAUCCGGAAACAUCUCACCGCUUUCGGCAUACAUGAAUGGUUCACUAAGGAUAGAAGGUUCAGUCCAAGAUGCCACUUCCCUCUCUCAUCUCGCUCAAAGAGUGGCUCAUCUUCUU